CAGUGGACUGUGAGUGAGGUGGUACAGCAGCACAUACCUACUCCUCAGCGGCACACAGGAGCCGCCAAUAUGAAGGUCUUUAUCGUUUUGGCUGUGGCGGCGGUGGCAUCCGCCCAGUACUACGCCUCAUCACCUGCGCCGGCCAACCGAUACGCCCCCACCGCCGCCCCCGCCCCCGCCCCGGCUCCGUCCAACCGCUACGGCGCGCGUGCCGCCCCCGCCCCCGCCAACCGCUACGCACCCACCGCCGCCCCCGCUCCUGCCCCCGCUAACCGCUAUGCGCCUACCGCCGCCCCCGCUAACCGCUAUGCACCUACAGCCGCCCCCGCCCCCGCCAACCGCUACAGCCCGGCCCCUGCCUCCGCUGCCCCGGCCGCCGAAAACCGCUACAGCCCGGCUCCGACUCCUGCCCCAGCCGGCGGCUACAGCCCGGCUCCGGCUCCUGCCCCAGCCGGCGGCUACAGCGCCGAGGAGAGCGGCCCGGUCAAGUACUCGUUCGACUGGUCGGUGAACGAGGACGAGAACCAGUACAGCCACCGUGAGAGUCGGGACGGAGACAACACCGAGGGCUCCUACUCAGUGGCGCUGCCGGACGGCCGCGUACAGACCGUCACCUACACGGUCAACGGAGACGGCGGCUUCGUGGCCACCGUGACCUACGAGGGCGAGGCCCAGUACCCGGCGGCUCCCGAGGGAGGAUACCAGCGCGCUCAGCCGGCCGCCGCGGCGCCGGCGCCCCAGUACGCCCCCAGCACCACCGCCAAGCCCCAGCGCACCUACGCUCCGCGCGCGCCAGCCCCCGCCACCGCGAAACCGCAGCCCAGCUAUGCGCCGCGCACCACCGCCGCCCCGCAGCGCAGCUACUCGCCGCAGCCGACGUCAGCCGCGCCGGCCAGCUACCCCCAGCAGGGCGGCUACCAGCGGCCGCAGACCUACUCGCCGCGCCCCCAGCCGGCCGCCCCGCGCGGCUACAGCGCCCCUAGCGGCGGCUACUCGCAGCAGCCGACCGCAGCGCCAUCUACCGCCGCGCCGGCGCUGCCCUCUGACGAGUACGGCGCACCGCCGGCGGCCCCUGCGCGAGCUGCCUACCCAGAGUAUAAGACUCCCAGCAACCAGGGGUACCCCGCGUACAAGACGACGGGUGGUCUGAGCCAGGAGUAUGGCGCUCCCGUCUCCUACUAGAGAAAAACACCUGAAAGUGGUCUCUCACCCUCUUCCCCUUUGAGACAGCCAGAGUAGCUGCUGGUUUGAGACCGUUCAGGUUGCUGAACGGCCUCCUCAGCCCAAGUAGCAGCACCGUAAAGCUGUCAUACUGCUCAAGUCGCCUCCCACAAGAAAAGUGACCGCUGCCCCUCAAAUCCCAGACUUAAUGUUCAACGCUCACUUAAAAUGGUCGCUUGAAUUGCUGACAUGAUCUGUGAAAAGCUUGCCUAGCUCAGAGCAGGCUGUAAGCAUCUUCAUUGUUUGGUCAUUGAAGGAUGAAAGUCUUGCAAGGCAGCCCAUAGCUCGUCAUGCCUGAGAGGUAGUGCGAAGACGUGGACUCUCUCAUGUGAUAACUGAGGAAACUUCUAACAUAUUUAUUAUAUUUAAAGUGUGAAAGUGCCGAAUGUAGCGCCAUGAUUGUGCUAUUCCCGCCGUGUGCUGACAGGGAGCAUCAAUUUAAUCUACGAGUCUGAGCCAAAUCCGUCCAAUGUAUGUGUCGUCACUGAGUGGCAUCGGUGACAAAAGAUGUGUGCUUGUAUGUAUAUGUUGUCUAGUCAAAAUACACGGUCCGAAACUGGGCGCAAUUUUGCCAAAUCG